GAAGGGCUGGCCGGCUAGGGUUGUCUUUUCCCGCUUCUACGCCAUGAUAACCCUCCCUCUUCGAUGCUCUUCCGAUCGAAGUUCCGUCCUUUCUGCCGAUUCCCUCCUCAGCUUCCAGCCCCCAAGCCCACGAUUUCCUCGGCGGCGGCGGCGGAAGCGGCGGACGAGCUCUUUAUUGAUUCGUCGACAUCCAAGAAUCCGGUGAGAGAAAUCCUAACCCUAGCGAAACGAGGGCAUGGGCCACUGUUUCUUCCCCCUAAUCGGACGCGGGUCGAUAGGCAAUCCCGCGGGGCCGGGAAAGAUGGAAACUUUAUGGAUUGGGAGGUGGCAAGAACUAGAUUAGAGGACGCCAGGCUUGCUCGUCUGGAGACUUGCCAUGCUUUGGCUCGGGAGGGGAGGUUGAAGGAGAUAAACAGCGUUUUGCAGCAAAUGCUGCACGAAGAAGGGUCUGGUUCGGCGCCAUCCUUUUGUGAAUUGCUGCAGAAUAACUUCAGAGACUGGGAUUCUUGCAGUAUAGUAUGGGACAUGCUGACAAAUAUUUAUUCUCGAUUGGAAAUGAUUCAUGAUGCCCUUUAUGUUCUCAGCAAGAUGGACAGCCUGAACAUGCAAGCUUCAAUAUCCACUUAUGAUAGUUUGAUGUACAAUUUAAGACAUACAGACAUGGUCUGGGACAUCUACAAAGAAAUCAGAGCCCGUGGGGUUACUCAUAGUGAAUACACUUAUGACAUCCUCAUUGACAGUCUUUGCAAGCAGCAGAGGUUGCAGGAUGCCAUAUCCUUCUUUCAAGACAUGCAGGGUCGAAAAGAGGUCAAAUCUUGCAAUGUCACUUUCAACACCCUCAUGUCUGGAUUAUGUAAUGCAGGUUUGGUAGAGGUUGCUAAAUCUAUCUUCUCUCUGAUACUUAAAUAUGGGUUGCGUCCAGACAGAUACAGUUAUACUACUCUCAUACAUGGGUUGUGUGUAGCAGGUUCAAUGGAGGAAGCUUUGAAGCUUUCUGAGGACAUGGAGAAGGAUGGCAUAUUGCUUGAUGUUGUGGCGUAUAACAUUCUCAUAAAUGGAUACCGUUUACUUGGGCUGAUGAGUGAGGUUUCGAAGCUCAUCAACAUGAUGACUUUACAAGGGCUGAGGCCAGACCUUAUUACUUAUACUAUACUGAUUACAGGGCAUUGUGAAAAGGGUGAUGUUGAAGAGGGAUUGAGGGUGCGGAGGGAGGUCAUUGCUCGAGGGAUUCAGUUGAACAUUGUUGCAUACAGUGUGCUUUUGAAUGCUCUGUUUAAAAAAGGAAAAAUUGGUGAAGUACAUCAGUUGCUUGGUGAGAUAGAAGCUAUUGGUUUGCACAUGGAUUUGGUAGCAUAUUCCAUCCUGAUCCAUGGGUACUGCAAACUAGGAGAAAUUGAAAGGGCGCUUCAAGUGUGCCAAAUGAUGUGCUCCAAACAAGUGAUGCCUAAUUCAUUUACUCAUGGGGCAACUCUUUCAAGCCUGUGCAAGAAAGGGAUGCUGGUGGAAGCAAGGUGGUAUUUGGACAAUCUAGCCAGUAGUGGUCAGAUGGUGGACAUCAUUUUGUACAAUAUUGUGAUUGAUGGCUAUGCAAAAAUUGGUGAUGUUGACGGUGCACUUGAGUUGUAUGAACAGAUACUUAAGCUAGGGUUAUCUCCAACUAUUGUCACAUAUAAUACCCUAAUUUUUGCCUUUUGCAAGAUUGAAAAGUUAACUGUGGCAGAGCACUUUCUUAGGCAAAUUGAGCUUAAUGGAAUAAAUCCAACAGUAGUGACCUACACCACUCUUAUGAAUGCCUUUGUUGGAGCUGGAAAUACUGAUUCAAUGUUAAGAUUGUUCAAUGAAAUGAUUGAGAAAGCAAUCAUGCCCAAUGUUAUUACAUACAGUGUAGUCAUGAAGGGGCUCUGUAAGCAAGGGAGGCUACAAAAGGCUAUUGACAUUCUCAAGGAUAUGCAUAUAUCAGGUAUAUGUGCUGAUCAAAUUACAUAUAAUAUACUUAUGCAAGGAUUUUGUGAAGUGCAAAACAUAGAAAUGGCUUUUCGCAUACAUGACGAAAUGUUACAACACAAUCUUAUGCCUACUCCUGUAACAUAUAACCUUCUUAUUAAUAUCCUUUGCUUGAAAGGCAAAGUAGACUGUGCUGAAAAGUUUCUAGAUUCUCUUCUGGAUAAGGGUGUCAGGUUGAGGAAAUUUGCUUAUACCACAAUAGUCAAAGCACAAUGUGCAAAAGGAAUGCCGGGUAAAGCUAUUAUGCUCUUUGACAAAAUUAUAAGAUCUGGGUUUGAAGUUUCAAUCAAAGAUUUCAGUGCAGCAAUCAAUCGAUUAUGCAAAAGAAAUUUUGUAAAUGAAGCAACAAUAUUUCUAAAGAUGAUGUUGUAUGUUGGCAUAUACCCGGAUGAGGAGUUGUGUACUGUUAUAUGUAGUGCUUUCAUCAAGAAAAAUGAGUUGCAGUCAUUAUUUGCGUUGCAAGCUAUGAUUGUCAAAAGUGGUAUUCUUGCCCCGGAUAUCCAGUAAGGAGUUUAUUUAUGAAGCAUAGCAAAUUCAAGGGACUUUAUAUGUUCAAGCUUGAUGGCACUGUGUUUAUAUGCAUGAGCUAUUGUACCCGGAAAUUCUUUCAACAAAAGUUAGUUUAACACGAGCACUGACUGGGUUCAAAUUAUCUAUUUCGAAACAAUUAUCUAGCAAGGAAAGAUAAUUGAAGCAUGAAGUAGUCUAGUGAUUCAUAUGAUGACCUCAAUAUUUGAGGGGAAAUUUGUCGCAUCAGGAGAUAUCGGCGAGGUCAAGUUUUACUGUAUAAUGGCCUAGCAAUAUGAACCAUUUCUUGCAUCUGGUGAAUACUAGCAGUCAGCAUCCACAGCUCAAGGAGCAGAAGGGGAGGGUGAUACCAAUACUCUGUUGCAGAAGGGGGUUCCUUCACUUAUCUCCUCUCCACCAUCUCUAUUAUUCUCAGAAGAGGUUUGUGCACAGGAUGAGUGCGAUGCAGGGAGGUCGGAUUGCUGCUUCUAAUUUUCAAGUAAUUGUUAAGAGUUCGUUGGCACUUGGAGGAUUGCUAUAAGUGAUAGUUGGUGGUUGAUCAGGAGCUAUAUUCAAGCAACUGAGGGGGUAACCAUCUGUUUUUCUCUUCGUCAUUCUUACUGACUGGAUUAGAUAACCCCUCCUCCUCCUUCCGCUCCUGCUGAGGUGCCGCUUCUCCUGCCAGCACCUGCACCACCACCAGAUGGUUUCCUGGAUUUAUGCUUACGGUCUCUCUCCUGCUGCGGACGAUCUGCAAGCUGCUGCCCACCACUGUUUGAAUGCGACCCCUACCAUUAUGAUCUCAUUUUCCUGAAGGACCUUUAGGGUUACAGCAUGUGGAGUUUUUCCAAGUCUUACUGUGCCAAAAUUUAUUAGUAUCUGGUAGUUCUGCAACUAAGAUAGCAGGCUCUAAUCACACUGAGGGUAGACUUCGUAUUUCAGAUGAUUUAAUUUACUACCUCAUCUAAUAGUCUUGUUCUUACUGAGAAAAAUUCGAAGGCACCGUAUUCAUAUUUGUACGCAUACAGCACCCAUGCUUGGAAAACUUGUGAGUAGAACCUGUAAUGGUUCUUAUGUAGUUAUAGGUAUCGUAUCUCCUUUGAUUGUAGUUCAUAGGGAAAAUACACAACGAAGUCCUUUGUACGAGGAUUAAAUAACAGAGAAUUGGAGUACGCCUACUUUCUUAAAGAAAUCAAGAUAAUUGGUGGAAUGAUCUUUUAACGAAGUUGGUGGCUGUUUGAAGUGAAUGGCGUUCCAGAGUGUGUUCUUCGUUUUGUUCAGCUCUAAGCCAGCGUGCCUACCGUUCAGAGUGCGUAAGGAUCUUCUCAUGGUUUUCAUCUGGAGGGUCUGCUUGUUGAAUCAGCCCCAACCACCAAGCUACCAAAAGCUGAGAAUGGUGCAAACUUGUGAUGAUAAACUAAUGUGUCGAUAUAUGUUCUCUACUAGCGUCACAUCUUCACCGUUCCUUCAGUAGUACUGCUGCUACUUCUGGUGGGGACUGAAGAAUCUAAGGUAAGCAUUAUAUCUGGAUCAUCCUUGAAAUGUGUAAUCUGAACUAUAUGUGUCCCUGAUAUUUUGUGUAUUUUGGAGCAAAACCUCUCAACAAGCGCAUAUUUUGUAUAUUUUGGAGCAAAACCUCUCAACAAGCGCAUAUUUUGUAUAUUUUGCCAUUGUCAUCGCCAUUCUUGGACUGAUGCUCUUUGGAUUGCUCAUUGGAAAUAUGCAAGUUUGUACAUUCCAGUAUUUCUCAAAAAUCCAAAUGAUAUCUUAUU